AAGAGCUGACAUCACAGCCGGUACUAGGAGGGAAGAGGACUGGGCACGGGUUAUUGGUGAGAGGGGCUGACUUAGCAACACAGUGGAACAACAAAACAACAUCAAGAUGCACAUCGACACAACGAGGAUUGCUGUGCUUCUGCUUGGUGUAACUGUAAUGAGUUCAACCUCCUUCUCAGCCACACAAGUGGGUCUGAGUGACAAAGUCCUGGUCUUCCCCUACGAGACGGACUUCAGCUUCGUGGCCCUGAUCCCGCAGAAGGAGAUGGCACUCCGGGCCUUCACCCUCUGCAUGCGUGUGGCCACCGAGCUUCCGGAGGAGCGGCAGAUCAUCCUGUUCGCCUACCGCACCGCUGACUACGACGAGCUAAACAUGUGGCGUGAAAAGGACGGACGCAUCUCCUUCUACCUGAGCGGUGAUGGAGUCUUCUUCCACUUGCCUCCGCUCACCACCUUCCGGACCAGCCUCUGCCUCACCUGGGAGUCUCGCACCGGCCUCGCUGCUUUUUGGGUGGAUGGGAAACGCAGCACAUACCAGGUGUAUAAACCCGGUCACAGCAUCCGCCCCAAAGGCACCGUCCUGCUGGGGCAGGACCCAGACAAACACCUGGGAGGGCUGGAGGCCGGGCAGAGCUUCGUGGGGGAGGUGACUGAUCUGAAUAUGUGGGACUCUGUGCUUUCUAGGAGCAUGGUCCAGGCCUGGCACUAUGGACACAAAGUCCCUAAGGGAAAUAUUUUCGACUGGGCCGCCAUGGAGUAUGAGCUGAAUGGGAACGUGAUGGUGGUAGAUGAUGAUUGACUCGAUGUGGAGUCCAACUCAGACAGGGGUCAGACUUUGGAGGUGGGUGUUGGACUGAUACUGAUGUGUUUUGGUCUUCUGUAGCUUCGGAUCUGUUGUUCCAUUCAUUCCGCAAGUCUCUGUUUGAACUACAUGAACUGUAACUAUUUAUUUAUUCUCUGGAGCACAACACACAUUCAGUUAAGAUGAGCAUUGCUUAUUAAUCACUAAAACUUUGGCUUCACCAGUGACCCACCUAAAGCUUUUUUUCUGCUUACUGUUAGAACAGAGUGGCAUAUGAAAACUAAACUCUGUUUUAAGCAAAUAUGAGUGGAAAUUGACAAAGAUGAAAUGCGUUGUUUUUCUAGCCAUUUUAAUAUGAUUAAAAUGUUAUUUUGUUGGUUAAAGUUUGAGUGGGAAAAAAAGGAAGGAGGUGCCAAGUAAAAGUUCGUUGUCCAUCAUAUAACUUUUUACUGUUAACUCAGAAAGGCCACACAAUACCAGUUUUAAUACUUUAUAAACAUUUGUAAGCAGCUGCCCAAGACUGAACAAUCUGAGCAUGCUCACAAAUACGAGGCUACAAAAACUGAAUUUAAUUAAUGAAACUGCAUUUAUUCCAUUUAACAGAAAUGGUGGCGGAUAUGAUGAGUUCUAUCAAAGACAGCUGAUAGGAGAGACAAAAUUACAGGAAGCUCCCAGGAAGCUUUUAACACCAAUGAAGCAUGAGCUUUAAUCUCAAAAGAGAUUAAAUGAACUGAUUAAGAGUUUUUUACAACUAGUUAAUUAUCUAGAGCAAUGCACCAUCUCGAGAAGAUGAAGCUAAAUGAUUUUAAAUAACCCUCUUUCCCCGAAAUUUAAUCAUCAUCCAAACCUGAAUAGAUCUCAGAUGAACUGUGCAUUCAUGUCAACCCAAGAAUCUUUCAGGAGUUGAAGCUUGUUGCUGUUAGAAAAAGUGAAGAUCCCUAAACAAGUAAAGAAAAAAUCUUUAGCUGCUUCAAAAAUCUUGAAAGUUUAUGUAACAUGGCAAAAAAAAAAACAAAAUAAUAAUAAUAAAAAGGCUGUCAAAACUUGUGCUUUCUGCACUUUACCUUCUUUUGUUUUUUAAACUUUCAAACUAUAACCCAUGAAAGUAAGAAGCUCACCUUUAUGACUUCUGGGAAAUCAGGUCAACUUUACUCACUUUGCAGUUCACAAUAACAAGAAGUUACUUUUGCAAAUGUAGUAGAAAAUAAAAGUUGAUUUUCCAGAUGUAUCCACAGGGUGGCGCUCUGCACUUUGUCACAUUACACAGCACCUUGCCUGAAAUUCUGUAUAAUCAUGCAUUCAUCCACUUAGGUGAUUUUACACAAUAACUUUUAAACAUUUUUAAAUCAGUAAAUAUAUAUAAACAAACCAUCACAAUCCUGAUAAAAUUGUUUUAAUUUGCACUGUGAAGACAGUAAAAAACAGUCAAAUGAUAAAAACAUCAUGAUGCCACAAUGUAACAACAAAGACAUGAUAACAGCUAUUUAUAACAUGUAGUUAAAUUUAAAAAAAUGCUGUGAUUUUUAAAAUAUCACUAAAAUACUUAGAAUUAUAUAAAGCUUUAUAACCAUAUUUCUAAAACCUGCUUUCGUCCAAAUUUGUCAGAGCACAUUUUUUUGACAAACGCCAUUGAUGAUAAAAAUGUUAAAGGAGACAUUGAAACAGCAAACAUGGAGCGGGUGUGUUAUUCUUAACUGCAGACGUGAUGGUUUUAGCUGCACUGUGAGACAGAAAGCUAUUAUCUUGUUUAAAAUCCUCUGCCGUAAUGUUGCAUUCGGUUUGCACACUCACUCAUGAAUUUUCCAUGUUUUAACUGAUGUAAGAGCGCUUUUGGGCCUGAAAUAAAAACUCACCAUGUGCAUGACUAAUAUUGUUUGCUAUUAAAGAGAUUACUUUGUCUUUGAA